CUUUAUUUUUUAUUUUUUGGUAAAACGAUCGUGACGAAUUGCUUUCCGUUUCUGUUUUGACGUUGACAUUAAAUUACGCGAAUCUGUUAUAUGUAUCAAAGCAAGAUGGCGGCCUCUGGUAAACAGUAUGGGCUCAUUUUGUCCCGGAAGAGUGCAUCAAAAUCUGCCCCUCUCUCUCGCCCCUCUGUAUUUGGAGAUGAUUCUGAUGAUGAGACUUCAGUUGGGGAGAGCUUGCAGAAGGAGUCAGUCAAAAAGAAAAUGAUGAAGCAGACUCGUCUUGAGAUGCAAAAAGCGCUUGAAGAGGACAGCACUGUCUAUGAGUAUGAUAAUGUGUAUGAUGAUAUUCAGAAACAGAGACUGGAAAGCAAUAAGAAAAUGCUAGGUGGCACAGACAGAAAGCCCAAGUAUAUUAACCAGCUGCUCCGUGCAGUCGAAGAGAGGAAGAAGGAACAGGAACGGCGUGAUGAGAGAAAGAUCCAGAAGGAAAGAGAAGCAGAGGGCGAGAUGUUUGCUGAUAAAGAGGCCUUUGUCACCACAGCUUAUCGGCAAAAACUUAAAGAAAGACAGGAGGAGUUGGAGCGAGAGAAGAGGGAGGCAGAGUUGGAAGCUGCAUUGGAUGUCAAGAAGCAGAAGGAUCUGAGUGGAUUUUACAGACAUCUUCUCAACCAGACAGUCGGGGAGGAGGCAAUGCCUGAUCGUAGUGCUCAAAGAGAGGAGAAAGCUACGUGCUCAGCAGCAGCAGAACGGUCACCGACCCCGGAGCCCGCAGUGAAUCAAAGAGAGAAUGAAGCAGAAUCCCACAGCGAUGAGGACCAGAGCAUUGAUAACAAAGCUGCAUUCACUAAGGCCACCACAAACAGCAAUCACUCAAAACGGCAAUACAGACAAAAAUCCCCUCUUUCAGAUAGUGAUGAUGAGCGUGAGAAGGAAGAGAUUAAAGAAAGGAGUCACAGGGAAAGGGACAGAGCAAAGGAUAAAGACAGAGAGAGGACCAAAGACAGAGAAGACAAGCACAGGGACCGCAAAAGAGAAAGGGACAGAAAAGACGACAGAGGCCGAGAAAGGAGGGACAGAGACAAAGACGACAGACAUGGUAACAGGGACAGAAGAAACAGCAGAGAACGAGACAGAGACAGAAGAGACAGCAGUCCAAAAGACAGAGAAAGACACCGUAAAGGAGAACGAGAGAGAGACAGGCGAGAUAACAGCCCAAAGGACAGGGAACGGGACCGCAAAGUAGAGCAAGAUCAGAGGGACAGCGAAAGGAAAAACCAGGAUGAGCAAAAAACAAGCGAGAGGCCCAUGGACAAUGAUAAACAAGAAAAUGUCAUGGAACUUGAGGACAAAAGUGAAUCUAGUAAAUUUGCAAAACGCAGCAGUGACCAGACUGUAAAUUCAGCCAGAGAGAGAUAUCUGGCCCGGCAACUUGCUCGUUUUGCUGUGAAGACCUACAUUGAAAAAGAUGACGACUAGCAAAUGUAUUGACCGUUGUAGCUCCCAUUUAUGCACACUUCAUUGGUCUUUCAAGGCAUAGAUACGGGUUUGGAUAAGGCGAGUAAUUAAAAUGCUUAAGCAUACAUGUUUGUAAAUUUUGGGAAAAUGUAGUUUGUGUGUAAAGUUAAUAAAGAAAUACAAAACCUA